AGACUAGCCCACUGAGGCUGAGCUCAGAGGGCAUCAGGACCUGGAGGAGAGAGAAACCAAGAGAAAGGCAGAGUCAGAAAGCAACAGCCAGUGAUUGCUGGAAGGAGAGAGAGAGGAACUGCCGUAGCCCCAGAGGGUCAAGGAAACAGGCCCCAGAGAGACAGUGAGCUGAGAAAGCCCAGAGGGAACACAGAGAGUGGAGCCCCAGGCUGGGCCCAUGGUCCUGGCUGACCUCAUGGGUCCCCUUUGGCCAGGUCUCCGCUUCAUCCUCUUCCUCUUCCUGCUAUCAACCUCCAAGGUGCCUGGGAGCCUCUCCAGAGCCCAGGCCCAGGCCUCCCCAGAUGCUGCCCUGAGCCCCACAGGAGGCCCCGAUGAUGGAAACCAGCCCCACUACAUAGCUGCUCCAGGUCAUAGUCCAGGAGACCACAGGGAGGAAGAAGAAGACACCUCCGCUGAGGCUGGGCUCUGGGGGGCCCAUCACAAGGAGGCUGAGCACAGCCACCCUGAGGAUAUGUCUGUGGAACACGGGCACUGGGGGCGAGAAGAGGAGGAUGAGGAGGAGGAAGAAGAUGCCUCUGAUGAGCAGAGAACCCAAGGCCAUGAAGAUGAGGAUGAGGAGGACAAUAAGAAUGCCUCAGAGGAGCAGGACUCCUGGGGUGGCCACAAGCCCCAGGACCCAGAAGAGAAGGAGGAGGAGGAGGAGGAAGAGGGUGUUUCCACAGAGCACAGUGACAGGGACUUUGGGGACCGAGGACACAAGGAGGAAGAAGACACAUCGGCAGAGCUUGGCCACUGGGUAAGCCACGGGGACGACUCUAUGGAAGAAGAGCACCUUGGCCCAGUUUCUGCCAAGUUUCCAGGCCAGGAAGGAGAGGAAGGGGAAGAAGAGGAAGACUCUGAAGCCCAACCCAGCCACUGGGGAGGCAACAGAGGCAGCACAGGGCCCCAAGGCCAAGAGGAAGAGGAAGAGGAGGAAGAGGAAGGGGAAGAAGAAGAGGAAGAUUCUGCAGCCCAGUCUAGCCACUGGGGAGGCAGCAGAGGGCCCCAAGGCCAAGGGGAGGAGGAGGAGGAGGAAGAGGAAGCCAUCUCAGCUGAAGCUCAGCGCUGGAGGGGGGCCCUGAGUCAUAGAGAGUCAGAAGAGGAGAAUUCUGCUGAAGCAGGGCAUGAGGACAGUCAGGAGGACGAUCAGGAAGAAGAUGGAGGCAUCUCUGCCCAUGGUGACCAUGAUCCUCCAGGCCCUCAGGAGGAGGAGGAGGAAGAGGAGGAGGAGGAAGGCAUAAACACCUCUGAGGAGGAAGGGCACUGGGGAGGUCUGAGGCUUGGAGCCCAGGACGAGGAAGAGGAGGAGGAGGAGGGCCACCAGAGAAGCAAGGAGGAGGCUGAGGAGGAGGAAAUCUUCACCAUCCAGGAGUCCUUGAAGGCUGAGGUACCCAGUGAGGACCAAGAAGAGGAAGCUGAGGCCGGUAUCCCAGAGGCCAGAGAUAGCUCUGAGGAAGUGGUCAGCAGGGGCCCUGGAGAGGAGAGCCUGGAAGAAAACAGUGAGGAGGAGGAGGAGGAGAAAGAGGAGGAGGAGAAGACCAGAGGCCAGGGCCAGCAGGAGCGUGAGGAAGAGGAGUACCAGCCUGGCUCCCUGUGCCAUUACUGCGGCUUCUGCAAGAGAUGCACCGAGUGCGAGUCCUGCCGCUGUGACGAGGAAAACAUGGGAGAGCAUUGUGAUCACUGCAAGCACUGCCAGUUCUGCUAUCUCUGCCCUCUACUCUGCGAGACGGUCUGUGCCCCUGGAGGCUAUGUGGACCACUUCUCAUCCAACCUGUUUCAAGCCUUGGCCGAGAUGGUGGAAACCCCAGAGCCAUGAUGAACUUCUGGACAAAGAGCAACCCCCACUCCCGGUUCCACCCACUUAUUUAUUUCGAAUAAACCCUAUCCUUGCAGGAGCUUGGAAAGGAUUUCUGGGAUUCUGGGCGAGAACCAUCUAGGUUCCCCCAAAGAGGGAAGGGCUGCCUGGAUCUUUGAGGGGAAAGGGCGAAUCCAGGGGUCCCUAGGAAAUAAACGAGCGGAGGCGGG